AUGCAAGUCGCGACCGCAGGCGAGACGAUCGAAACCAAGAGCCAAGGAGCUCACGACGACGAGACGAUGAUCGUGAAACAUUCCACAAGCGAAGCCACAGACGAAGAUCUCCUCGCAGCAGCUCAAGGGAUGGAAGGACACGAGAUAUUCAUGAUAGGCGCGACCGUGAACGCAGAGAACGAUCAACGAGCUCCGCAGAUGAGCGCCGCCGAAAACGCAGCCAUCGCAGCCAUCGACACCGUGAAGACCGGGAUCAAAAUGGAGAAAUGUCGUCUAGAAGACAUCGCAGUCCCCGUCCUCGAUCACGCUCCCCACGAAGAUCGCGCAGCCCCCAGCGUGCAUUACAACGAAGCGGACCUCUACCUUCACAAUCCGAUGCAUUUACCGGCGAACGGGCGACUUGCGGCCGAAACCAAUACAGUCCAGGUUGAAGGUGGCGAAGGAAUUGUGCUGAAAUACCAUGAGCCGCCUGAGGCGCGCAAACCACCAGCCAAAGAGCCGUGGCGGAUGUACGUCUUCAAAGGUGACGAUCUGCUGGAGAUGGUUGAACUGAACGAGCGGAGUUGUUGGUUGAUCGGUCGUGAAAGAGCCGUGGUUGAUUUCCCUCUGGAUCAUCCCAGUUGCUCAAAGCAGCAUGCUGCCCUGCAGUUCCGUUAUGUCGAGAAGCGAAAUGAAUAUGGUGACCGUAUCGGAAAGGUUAAGCCAUAUCUCCUUGACCUGGAGAGCUCCAAUGGGUCUACCGUGAAUAAGGAACCCAUCCCCGCAGGCCGAUAUGUUGAAGUGAUGGAUAAGGACGUGAUGGGAUUCGGUACGAGCACCCGCGAGUAUGUGCUCAUGUUACCGAAAUGA